AGUAAAGAAAGAAAAAACAAAAACACGAAUUGGCAAAUGCAAAUUUUACCAACUAUAAACGUUAAUAAAAACAAUUAUCUCAUUAAAGCUUCGACAUUUAGGCAUAGAAUUCACUAAAAAAAAACACAAAUCAAAACAAAGUUAAUAAAUCGCAACUAAAUGAAAUACAAAAAGAAACACAAAAACAAAAACAAAAUCGACUAGCGGAAUUGUGCAAAUGUUUUAUUUAUUAAAAUGUACGACUAAUGAAUAAUAGAAUUGGUUUAGUUUAAGUCGCAAUGAACAAUGAGAACAGCGAGAGUAUUUUCAACUUGUUAUGUUAGACAGUUAAGCAAACGUAUUUAAGAUUACAAACUAAACACAAUUUGUAAAUGCUUCACGCACAGCAAACAGCCAAAAAUACAAACUAUGAAUUGCCAUAAAAUAAAAAUAAGCUCAAAAGAUUUCAAUUGUAAAAUGCAAACAGAAAACAAACAGCAAAGAAAAAUGAAACAUGAAAAGCCACAGUAAACACACAGUAACACAGCACACUGAACACUGAAGCCUGUAGACAGUACACCACAGCAAAGCCAAACAACAUGAAAACCAAUAAAAAUGCAAAGUUAAUUAAUAAAAAAACAAAAAUAAUAAACAAACACACAUACAAGCUGGCGUGAGACUGACUUGUGAAUACCCUAUACACAUGCUUGACAUGGCAGCAAAUUUAUUGAACAAAAUAUUUAUCCUCUUCGAAAUAUUAUUUUUUAAUAUUUUUAAUUUGAAUUAUAUUUUGUUUUUGUUUUAUUUUAUUUCUUAUAAAUAUUUAAGAUGCUGUAAUGUACUAUAGGUGAGAAAUUGCAUACUAACAAUAGAUAUUUUUCGAAUUUUGGAGAAGCUUUUAUAUAUAUGUUCGAUAUAUAUCGUUUCGAUAUACAAAUAACUUAUACCUUAUCAUCUGAAAUAGAAAAAAAACAUGUUAUCAUAUAUCGUAUAAAAGAGGGUGAAGAAUACUCCGUCGACAACUUUUUAAAUUACCCUCGUAUUAUAUAGAGUUGCAUGCGCCACUCUCUUUAUCGCUCUUCCUCUUCUUUCUAUCACUCUCUCUCUCUCUCUCUCGUUACAUACUUCAACCCAUAAGCAAUAUACCCAUUUGUAUGCAUGCACCUGCCAAUUGGGUAUUCAAACACAAACUAAAUCGACUCGAGCUAAGCGAAAAACUGGCUCAGCGCUUAGCGUUCAGCACAUUGCGCAUACGCCGCGUAACCCGCCUAGCUAAUUGGCUUAUUAAUUAAUUGAUAUUGGCAGAGUAUUUAUGCACCAGCUGGGCGGCUGUCAAUUCGAAUGAGCUAAACAAUUGUGGCUAAUAUAAUAAAUAACAGUAAAUUCACACACACACACACACACACACUCAUACUCAGACUGAGAUAUGUCACAAAGCAUUUGCCGUUUUAUUGAAGGCACGAUUUGGUUGUUUAGCCAACUUUGGCUAUGAUUCACGAAUAACUAAAAAUAUGCAAAUGCUAAGGUAUUUCGCACCCACGCAUCGCUGAUUUGUCUAUAUAAUAUUGAUAUUUAUAUAUAUAUAUUUAUAUCUGUGCUGAUGAUGAGCAGCUGGAUGGUUGUGUGGUUCCUGUUUAACACCUUCUAACCAGGGCCGAGCGCCAUAAAAACCCUAAGCACUUCAAUAAAAACUAACUGGUACGCGUUGUUAUUGACUUACAAUCGUCGAUGAUUACCAGGCAUAGUAAUAGCUAGCACAACAACAACAAGCACAGCAACAACAACAGCAACUACUAUAACUAACAAAGGUUGCAGCAUCACGACGAUGACGCCGCCUGAGCCAAGCAUCGCUUCGUCUCGUCUCGUCGAGUCGAAACUCGUUAGCCGAGUGAAAAGCAUUUGCGGGCCCCCAUCCACUGAGCCGCUCAGCUGGCGUAGGGGCUGCUGUGGUAUAAAUUCGCCAAGGGAGAACAUUUGGGCAUCAUUCGAUUUUCAGAUUUUGCAACGAAGACGUCGCCAGCUUCGCUCUGCACCCAGUGUCCAGUUUCCAAGUCAAUCGAUCGUUAGUUCGUUCGCUCGCUCGAUCGCUCGCCUCACAUUUGGUGUUUCGUUUCCAGUCUUCGCUCGACUGUGCGCAGCCGCGACCAAUCUCUCAGCCAGCAUGCGCCUUCUAUUGGCCCUGGUGGCGGCGCUAGCUGCGGCCGGCGUCUCAGCGGAUGUCUCGCAUCUGGACACGGAUUUGCGAGAGGAUGGAUAUCAUUACAAGCAGCCGUCGCAGCCGUUUCCGCCGCCGCCCACGGGCAAUGGCAUUGAGGACUCGGGCUUGAUUCCCGGACCGGCUCCCUCGGCACCGGAACCAUCGUAUGGCCCGCCGCAGACGCAGCCGCCGCGCCCACCACCGCAGCCUGUGCCAACAGCGCCCAGCCCUUCCUAUGGGCCGCCGCAGACGCAGCCGCCACGCCCACCACCGCAGCCCGUGCCCACUGCUCCUGGUCCAUCUUAUGGACCACCGCAAACGCAGCCACCACGUCCUCCACCGCAGCCUGUGCCAACUGCACCAGGUCCCUCCUAUGGCCCACCACAAACCCAACCACCACGCCCACCACCACGACCGGUGCCCACGGCUCCUGGUCCCUCGUAUGGACCACCGCAAACACAACCACCGCGUCCGCAGCCACAGCCACAGCCUACGGCUCCUGGUCCAUCUUAUGGCCCUCCUCAGACUCAACCUCCACCACCACCUCCUGCUGGCCCGGAAUACCUGCCGCCUGAUCAGCCGCAGCCGCCUAAGCCACGCCCCACUCCUCAGCGUCCCCCAGCACCUCAGCCACGCCCAGAUUAUGGUCCGCCACCUCAGCCGCCGAGUCCCCAACCACCAAGCCCCCAGCCACCACGCCCGCAGCAACCUGGCGCUGAGUACUUGCCCCCAUCUGGUCCGCCAGCACCACCCACCUAUCAGCCACGACCACCGACAUCUGCCCCACCAGCACCGCCCACCUAUCAGCCACGUCCACCGGCACCACCCACCUAUCAGCCACGUCCACCCGCACCACCUGCACCACCAGCACCCACACCCAGCUAUGUGCCCCCUCCCGGACCAACUUAUCAGCCACGCCCUCCAGCUCCACCAGCUCCUCCAGCACCUACUCCUGGGCCCACUUAUCAGCCACGCCCUCCAGCUCCACCAGCUCCUCCAGCACCUACUCCUGGCUAUGGUCCUCCUCCUAGUCCUCCCGCACCGCCCACUUACCAGCCACGCCCACCGGCACCACCUGCACCACCCACAGACGCUGGCUCGCUGGGACCCGAUGGCUACAAUUACAACAAGCCUGCCAAGCCGUUUACCUUCUAAAUGCUGCCAACCGCAAAAACACACACACACUCACACUCACUUAUACACUCUUAGUAUUCUUAGCGUAAAGCAUUCUGGACCCAAUUGCUACAGCCCCCUCCCCCACACACCCACCCGCCCGACUUUUUAGGGUACACAUUGUAAAGAAACCUUUGUAAAGCGUCGCUUCCAAAUAAAGUAAAAUCUAAACACCAAAACCAA